AUUUUCGGUGAAACUCAAGAGACAGCGAAUCUGUGUGAAAAACUGUCUUCAUCAGGAUGCACUUUGCGUGUAUGUACUCUUAUUACAGCAGUUGUCGUCGAAUCUGACGUGCUUCCCGUACUCCACAGAGCUCCUGGUUUAAUUUACGAGGAUUAUGUGUGAAAUAACGUUAGCCGUGACGGAGAAAAGCGAGAUAAGUACAACCACCGACGAGCGAAUUAACCAGACGUAGUUGGACAGAUAGUGUGGCGUCUCUUCUGAAGAUACUCGCAUCGGACUAUUCGUUACGGGUCCACGACGAAGGGGACACUCCGACUUGAGCCCUGAGGUGGUUUCGGAGGGGCUUUGAGGAGAGUUGAUUCGUGGAUUCCGCGCCCCUUCGUCUUUGGCAAAGUUCCCCGGACGGUUGCAGGACAGCCACGCCGGGAUUGAAGCGCGGCGCGGAGGGUCGCUCCUCUGUGGCCAGCCCGCCCGCUGCCACCGACGGCUAGGACCGAGGCCUCGCUGUCGACGGGCGACAAUGCUCGAAAUAAUGUCCGACCACCAAGAUUCAUUAUUGGCGUGCAAAACGGAGCCUUUGCCUCCAGAGAGAAAGAAGAGGACUGUUGAGGAUUUUAAUAAGUUCUGCAACUUUGUCCUGGCAUAUGCUGGUUAUAUCCCCAGCCCAAAAGAGGAGAAUUCAUGGUCCCCCACAUCUUCCAGUUCUGCACACAGUGCGGGGCUGUCUGCAGACGGUGGUGGAGGCAGCAGCUCCAUGGGUACUACUUGGGGAGAUGGGAGCUCUGACAUUCACACUAUCCACACAUUUGUACGCAAGGCUCGUGCUAAUAAGGGCAAAAACAUUCGACGCAUGCACUCAGAUAGUACACUGCUGGACAAGAUGCGACUUAAGGACUCCCUGUACGAGAGCCAGGUCAGCACUAAGGUAGAGCGAAAGAAGGAUAAAAAAUUUAAGAAACUGUCAGUUGGUUCAGCCAUGACAGUGGGAGAUAGUGGUAGCAGUGAAGGUGAAAAGAGAGCGCGCAUCAAACGCAGCAAAAACCCCAAACAGCCAAAAGCACCCAAGAAGCUCAAGAGCUCGGCCACUCAAAGUGAGACAGACUCAGAGGCAGGUCACGUACGCAACACACACCUGGAGGUACAACCUGUAAAGGAGGAGCUGACGGUGCAUGGGGCCUCCAGCCCAAGCGUGCAGGGGCUGGGGAAGACACAGACAGAGGAGUCCACACGGGAGGCAGAGAUGAGCUCAAGUGAGGGUGAGACCUGGAUUGCAGAUGAAGACAUUAUGGUGGAGUCAGGUGAUGAUUCAUGGGACUUGAUCACCUGUUACUGUGGGAAGCCAUUUGCAGGGCGGCCAAUGAUUGAGUGUAACCAGUGCAGCAUAUGGGUGCACUUGUCAUGUGCCAAGAUUAAGAAGUCCAACGUUCCUGACAUCUUUUACUGUCACAAGUGCAGAGACUUGCGGCGGUCAGGGCAUAAGAAAGACACUUAG